AGUCCCUGUGACGAAACCAGAAGAAGACCGUAUCGCCUCUAUGUUCGCUGUUUCUGCUGUUUUAUUUCUUGAUAAUUAGAAAAUACAACUCCGCAAAUACCUACACUCUAUUUACCCGGCGGCACCAUGAGCGGGAUCCCGGGCACCGCUGUCGUACAGGUCACCAACCUCUCCUCGGCCGUGAGCAGCGAGCAGAUGCGCACCCUGUUCGGUUUCCUGGGAGACAUCGAGGAGCUGCGGCUCUACCCGCCCGACAAUGCCCCUCUCUCUUUUUCGUCCAAAGUGUGUUACAUAAAGUACCGAGAGCCUUCCAGUGUUGGUGUGGCGCAACAUCUUACCAACACUGUGUUUAUUGACAGAGCUCUGAUAGUUGUGCCAUGUGCAGAAGGGAAGAUCCCCGAGGAGGCCAAGGCUCUGUCUCUAUUGGCACCAGCCACCCCGGCACCCAGUCUGAUUCCUGGCGGGGGAUUGCUUCCCAUUCCUGCUCCAGCUCCACUUCAGAACCUCAACCUUCCCUUGGUAAAUCGGCUCUCAGCUAGUCUCGAACCCGCAGCUUCAGUUCUCUCCCAGCCGCCCCUCAUCGGGAACGUGGACCCUUCAAAGAUCGAUGAGAUCCGGCGCACGGUUUACGUCGGCAACUUGAACUCGCAGACCACCACCGCAGAGCAGCUGCUGGAGUUUUUCCGGCAGGUGGGGGACGUGAAGUUCGUGCGGAUGGCCGGAGACGAGACCCAGCCCACGCGGUUCGCCUUCGUGGAGUUCGUGGAGCAGGACUCCGUGGCCAGAGCGCUGACCUUCAAUGGAGUCAUGUUUGGAGACAGACCCCUCAAGGUAAAUCAUUCCAACAACGCGAUUGUCAAACCUCCGGAGAUGACGCCUCAGGCUGCUGCUAAAGAGCUGGAGAGUGUGAUGAAGAGGGUGAGGGAGGCCCAGUCCACCAUCGCCGCCGCCAUCGAACCAGUGGAGACCAAGAGGCGCUCCUCAAGCCGGUCCCGGCGGUCGCGACGAUCCCGCUCACACUCGAGAACACGCAGGAAAAACUUCCGCUCCCGACACAGCCGACCGUCACAGAGGCCGUGGCCGGGGAGCAACUCCCACGCUUCCCGCAGCAGCCACAGGAGGCGCUCUCGCUCCAGAGACAAGAGGCGCAGCCAGAGUCGCUCCAGGGGCCACAGGAGGAGGAGUAAGGAUCGGUCCAGGAGCCCUCGAAGGAAACCCCGAUCACCCUCACCCAGACGAGGUAAGAGGGAGAAGAGGAGGGAGCGCAGCAGGGACAGGAGAGAGCGCUCCACGUCGAGGAGGAGGAGCCGCAAGGACGAGGAGAGGAUAAAGAGCAAAGCCAAGCCGCUGAAGGUGGAAGUGGACGUCAGGCCAGGAGAGAAGGAGGAAUACGAAAGCGACAGAGAAGACUCGGCGACCCCGAGCGAGGACAUGACCUUCUGUUUUCAGCACAACGGCGUCUACGCCCCCCACCAGGAGGACGGGGCGCCGGUGGCGUACGUGGACUCAGAUUGAACACAGUGACUAUUUGCACCACCGUGGACAUAACCCCCCCCCCCCCCCCCCCCCCCCCCCAUUCCUGUUUGAGGAUUUCAACACUAGCUGUGUGCAAAAGAAGAAAAAAAAAACUGAAUAACCACUUACAGCAGCAUCUCAUCGUCUUGUCCUGAUUUUCCUCCGUCUGGAUCAUUUGAUCGGUUUGGUUUUACCGUUUGGCCUGAAGGGCAAAGUGAGCAGCCCAGUACCGCCAAAACCACACCAGCUUUUCAGUGCGAUGCAGCGUAGCUCGGUAAUUCAGCCCAAGCUUUUCCAACAGUGGGUCAGUGUGCGUUCACAUAAAAAAACGGGGCGGGGUUUGCGGCGUCCGACCAAUCGCAGACCCCCGCCGAGCAGCCGACUUCAACACGGUUGCCGCAGCAACAACCAGGAAGGAAUGCUGACAGAAAAUUGGCGACUCUGUUAAAGCAUAACUUUGUGAGAUUAUCCAGUAUUGAUUAUUCGACCUCAGGAGUGUCAGUAGUUUACCAAAUAAUAUGUAAGAAAAGAUUGUCUUCACAUCAAAUCAACAAGUAUGCGGCUAUAUUCUUUAAUAAGGAAGAAAUCAAAUCACUGUAUGUCUUUUAGAAGUGUAUAGGAAAAAAAAAGAAAGUUGAUGAAUGGGAAACAGAAAAUAAAUAUCAAUCAAAGCCCUGAAAUAGGAGUCACUCAGAUUUCAAGCUUUGCACGUUUCAUAUCAAAGACUGGAAAUACCCUGCUUCUAUCUGGCAGCAGUUUUAAAACUCUGUACAGAAAGUAGUGAAGGAAUCUUUUAACCUUUUCGCUCCGUCAUGUGUUCCUCUCACAACUCCAAUUCACUGCAGAGGCUCAAGACCUGAGCCAAUCACAGACGAGCUUCACCAGCAGGGAACACCCCUGGAAUGUGAGCUUCUCCUGAAAAUAUGCAGAAAAACUCACGGAUUGCACUUUUUUUUUUUGGUUUGUUUGGGGGGUUUUUUUACACUUGUACAGUCAUUAAAUCGAUCUAAUGGUGAAAGGGAAAAUUGAAAUUGAGCAUUUUCAGUGCGUGAAUUUUCAGAAUAAGCACACAUUCAGUGCUGCAAAUACCAGUGUGGGGUAAAAGUAAUGGCUUUGAGACAGAAGCCAAGGGUCGAACUGCAUUUCAGUGUCUCCCUGUCACACAUUGCUCAAUGUAACUUAAUGAAGCUGGUGUCAAAUUACAGAGACUUGCCACUGCAUGUUUUCAGGAAGGAGAAACAAGAUUGAAGUUGGGUUUUAAGAUGAACUAUCGACUGAAGAGCUGCAGUCGAGACUGUUUAAGUAGAAGAAUCAUGCUUUAGAUUGAUACUUUAUUAAUCCCGAGGGAUUUCCACGUAUUCAGCAACUUACAGAGCUCAAAACCAGUAACCACAUUAACAUUAAAGGAGCAUAUACUCCAAGCUUGCUGUACAAUACUGUAAACAGAACACGUCAAAUUUACAAAUCAAUUAAAAAAAAAAAAAAAAAAGUCGGUAUGCAGUAUUUGCUCCUUUCAAGUGUAUCGAUCUCAAUGUGAUCAUAAUUACAUUAUUUGUUAAAUUUCUUAAUCGACUCGACCCAUUGGAGGGCGGCUGCAGUGUGACGCUCUGGGAAGCUGGUGGGGGGUCGAGGGUCUUGCUCGGGGAGCCACGGUGCAUGUUUUUGGUCUAUGGGAAGAAACCAACGCACACACACACACGGGGAGAACAUGCAAACUCCACCCAGAAAGGCCUGGCUAGUAUUUGAACCUCGACCUUCUUGGCUGCGAGGUGAGAGCGCUCGCCGCCGUCAAAGAUCGAAACUUGCUUCUGGCCGCCUGAGGCCUUGUUUGGGGUGUCCUCUUUCUGUUUUCUGCGACAAACUUCCCAUUUUCAGUUUGUUUACCGUCAGAAACAACUGCCGAGUGCUUAUUUAAGACAUGUUUGAGGAAGAACACCGAGCUCACUCUGUACCCUCCCAACGUAAACAAUUUUUUUUCUUCUUCUUCAAAGAAACGGUUAUUGCCAAAGCUGAGAUGCUCGACUGCCCUUUCUUGGAAGGAAUAGUCAAACCGUAUGUGAAGUGUCCUUUUAUUCCAGAUUUCGCUCUAAAUUUCCAGAAAAAAACUCUCCACUGCUUGUAUACCUUCAAGUUUAGACGUGUAUUUAUUUUAUAAUACAGAUAUUUCCCAUUAGAAGUUGCAACACAAUGUUUCAUGUUUCCAUUGCCCUGGUUUUGUUGUAACGAUGCGACCUAAAACAUUUUGUCUUUUAACAAUACAGGCCUCAGCUGUUAAGAAAAUACGGUGUGCAAAAUUCUCUUUUAGCUCGUGUGAACUGGUGAAAGUUCCCAGUUACAGGAAAUAAAAUCUCACAGGUCAAGAAACUGCAUGGUAAGCACAGAAAGGUCAAAAAGUGCCUAGACUAAGAUUGUACAGAAUAUUCUAUUAAA